AUGAUUAUUGAUGUAUUGUGCAACAGCAAUGGUACCUUUUUCAGUGAUACACCAGUUGAAGAUGUCUGUGCCAAGAAACAAAGUGAUUGCUUAAGAAAUGUCGAAAAUCGCAUAAAUCUUGGUUUGGAGCGACAACUCAAUGUCGUUGUCGGGUACAUACGCUUUUUGUUGAGCAGCGAGCAAAAGAAAACGGAUUUUCGUCCCGAAGAUGAAAAUCAACAAGUGACAGCCAUGUCCUGUGUUAGUUUUUCGAAAUCUUUUUGCCUCGCUUUGGAUUAUUUUACCGCAUGUGCAGUGGUUGUGAAGUAUUUGACAGCGGAAGUGCAAAUAAUACGUGAUAGUCUGGACGGAGGCAAUUUGACAUCCAUUAUGCUGGAAUUCGGGCGACGUUUUUACAAAGUUUUCCUGAAUCACAUUUACCAGUUCACUUACAAUUCACAAGGCGCAAUGCUGUUACUCUGUGAUAUCAACGAAUACAGGAAAUGUGUAAUGAGUUGGAAAAUCCCAGAUGUUGACAAACAGUUCGAAUCGCUGCAUGCCCUCGCAAAUUUGCUGGUUGUCGUGCCUGAAAAUCUGAACGAAGCAUGUUCCUCGCAACUGCUGGUUGAUAUUGAUCGGACGAUGGUAAAUAGCUUCAUACAACUUCGGGUUGACUAUCGCUCAGCGAAGCUGCACUUAAAUGCUGUGUAA